GACCGACGAAGAGCUGGAGGUGCUAGCCGGUAGCAAGUGGCAGAUGGUGGCAAACGAAAUGCGUGAGGAUAUCAUCGCCGAACACGCGGAGCUCGAGGAAGUGAUUGGGGACUUCCUGCAGACCCACGGCAUCACGCAGGAGAAGUUCUUAUGGGCCCACAAGAUUCUGCUUUCGCGUGCCAUGACCUUCUACAGAGAAGGUGGAUCGCGGCUGAUGGUUCUUGGGCCAGGACAAGACAUGUUCAACCACAGCUGUGAAGCAGUGGGUUACGAGGAUGUGAAGCUGGAGACGGCCGAGGGAAAAGAGAUGCUAGUGAUCCGUGCCUUCAAACCCUUCGGCGAGGGUGAGCAGGCGUUUUAUUCCUACUCCCCGGCCUCAAACGGGCGGCUGCUGCUCAUGGGCGGCUUUGUCGUUCCUGAAAAUCCCUUCGACUCCGUUGAAUUGAUGCUGACCUUCCCAGUGAAUCCGAGCUCGGCGCCCCUCUUCCGGCAGCUGGCGGAAGGUCUCCGAAGCGCUCCCCUCGCAGAUGGCGCAGCGGUAGCCGAGGAGACGCAGGAUGAGUUCUUGCAGCUGCUUCCGCCACCCCCAGAGCGACCUACCGAGGCGGCACUCCACGUCAGGCUGAUGGCGAAGACGCUGUCUGAUCAACUGGAGCGGGUCCUGGCCUUCCUGCGGCUUGACGAACUAAGCCGGAGUCUUGGUGCGGAUGGCCUGAAUUCGGACCGGCUGGCAGCGAGCGACAGGGACGCCAAUGCGCGAAGAAGGGCUCUGACGAAGCUGAGGGCGCUCCUUCAGCAGCUGCGCGGUCGAUUUGCGCGGUCGGAAGCUGAAGAUGCCGCGGAGCUCGCGGCUGGCUGCGCUGAUCCUCGGCGAGCGCGGGCGCUGGAAGUGCUUCUCGGGGAGAAGAGGCUCUUCCGGCUUGCCCUGCAGCUAAUUGACGAGAAGACCGACACUGUUGACGUGGCUUAG